AUGCCCUUUCAGAUAAUCCACAGACGUAAGAAGCGCGCGCCUACACAAGAGAUUUGGGAGGAAACGCAACAGCGUGCCACACAGGCGCAGGAGCGCCAGAGACAGCAGGCGAAUCGUCACCGGCACCGAGAGGAUUUCAACGUAGGCGAUAAGGUUUUUGUGAACACGCGGAAUUGUAGAGUUGACCAACCAGGUCGUAAGCUGGCAGAUCAAGCCGCUGGAGCCUUUGAGAUUGUUGGGAAGUACCGCGUUAAAUGGGUUGGACAAGGCGAUGAGGUUGAUACGACGUGGUAUCCUAAGAGAAAUUUCAAGAAUGCACAGGAGAAGCUACUGGAGUUCUACCGCAGAUACCCUGAUGAACCGGGACCCCCGAAACGAUUGAACCUGUUGGCAGAAGCUGCGUUGAAUGACCGAUUCAAGGAAGACCAUCCUGACAACGAUAGACCUGCAUGA